UGCACACAGAUGCGCGUUUACUGUGAGCGACUGCUGAAACUCAUCACAAACAUCCCUGCACGACAGACCCGGGACAUGGAGAGAGCUUCAGACUGAGAUUCAGUUUGUCCCAGAAGGAAACCUCAGAGUCAGAGACGAACGUCCUGCCAACAUGUUCACCACCAAAAGGCUGAAGAAGAAGUCCCAGUCGGUGGACAUCGGCUCUCAAAGCUUUCCAGCACGCCUCAUCCCGAGUCUGUCCUUAAACAGAUCUUCACCACCUGCUGCCAAGACAAACACAUCUGAGGUGCAGGAGAACAACACCACCAAUGCCCAGCGCCGUGUGCCACGCUGCAGCGAUCUGAAAAGGGGAUACACCAUAGAUACCGGCCAGAAGAAGACGCCGGAGAAGAAGGAUGGAAGACGGAUGUCGUUCCAGAGACCGAAGGGCACCAUCGAGUAUUCCGUGGAGUCACGGGACACUCUGAACAACAUCGCUCUGAAGUUUGACACCACUCCCAAUGAACUUGUUCAGCUCAACAAACUCUUCUCCAGAAAUGUGGUCCCUGGUCAGGUCCUGUAUGUUCCAGAUCCGGAGUACGUGUCCAGUGCGGGCAGCUCUCCCUCCUUCAGUCCCAGCAGCCCUCUCUCUCCCACAUCAUCCGAAGCUGACCUGGAGAAAGUCACCACGGAUUCGAAUGGUCCUCCUCGCUCCGAUGCUCCCGCUCCUCCAAUCCUCUCUGCCCUGCGCUCCUCCCGUGUGGUUUCCUCCACCUCAGAGGAAGAAGAAGCACUGACAGAGAAGUUCCUCAAAAUCAACUGCAAGUACAUCACAGACGGCAAGGGUGUUGUUAGUGGGGUGUUGCUGGUGACACCCAACAACAUCAUGUUUGACCCUCACCGGACGGACCCUCUGGUUCUGGAAAAAGGCUGUGAGGAGUACGGCAUCAUGUGCCCACUAGAGGAGGUUCAGUCUGCCGCUGUCUACAAAGAGAUCAUCGACAGCAAGAUCCGGGACUCUGUAACGGAUCUUGAAGCGGUGUUCUCUAGCAUCUCUCAUCAGACAGACCAGCGUUAUGACAGCGCCAGCACUGCCCCACGCAGCACCGAGGGCUCCUUCUCUGAAGACGUCUUCACCGAAUCAGAGCUCUCACCCAUCCGUGAGGAGCACCAGUCCACAGAAGAGCUCCAGCAGGACGAUAAAUCAUCAGGAGCUUCAUCCCAGUCCGUCCAGACCCUCCUCCAGGAGCCUCAGAGCCAUACAGAAGAGGAGGACAAUGAUGGAGAACCAGCCGGAGACACUGCCAAACCCAUACAGGAUGAACCCACCAGCAGGGACCACCAGCAAACGCCCCACUGCCAGACUGAAGGAGAACCCGCAGCACAGGAGAGCUGCGCUGAGGGGCUUAAACCGACCAGAGAUGGAACUCGAGACUCAGAGACAGACGUGGAGGAGCUGAGGAAGAUGUGCAAGACUCACACUAUGCAACAGGCCAAGGAGCAGAGAGAGAGCGUCCAGCAGGCACAGAGAGAGAGCGAGCAGCAGACCACAGAACAGAGCCAGAGACUGAGCUCUGCUGAGGGCCCUGUAGUGUCCAAGGAGAGGCAGAAGUCUCACAAGUUUCUGUGUCUGCGGGUUGGCAAGGCCAUGAAGAAGACGUUUGUUUCCAACGCCAGCGCCUCCAUGCAGCAGUACGCACAGCGAGACCGCAAGCAUGAAUACUGGUUUGCCGUUCCCCAAGAGAGGUCAGACCACCUGUACGUGUUCUUCAUCCAAUGGAGCCCUGAUGUGUUUGGAGACGGAUUAGGAAGCAUCAGUCGUGACCCAGGCUUCAUCGUGGUGAAGAAAAUCGAGGAGUCGGAAGCAAACGAGGAGCAGCAACGUGAGGAAAACUCCGAGAAGGAGUGGGAGGUAGUGUCGUGGACUGAGUAUCACCGCCGGAUCGAUGCGUUAAACAGUGAAGAUCUGCGCUCCCUAUGCAAACGCCUCCAGAUCACCACAAAGGAGGAUGUGAACUCCAAACAUGGCACCUCCAUCACCGCCAGCCUGGAGCCGGAGACUUUCAAGCCCAACCUGAACGAACCCAGUGACCUUCUGGAGGCCGAGCAGAUUGAGAAGUUGGCAAAACAUCUUCCACCCAGAACCAUCGGUUACCCCUGGAAUCUGGCUUUCAGCACAUCUAAACAUGGUAUGAGCAUUAAGACUCUGUACAGAGCGAUGCAGGACCAGGACUCUCCAAUGCUGCUGGUCAUCAAAGACAGUGAUGGACAGAUAUUUGGGGCUUUGGCAUCAGAACCCUUCAAAGUCAGCGAGGGUUUUUAUGGCACUGGAGAGACUUUCCUCUUCACCUUUUAUCCAGAGUUUGAGGCAUAUAAAUGGACUGGUGAUAAUCUGUUCUUUAUUAAAGGAGACAUGGACUCUUUAGCUUUCGGUGGAGGAAGUGGCGAAUUCGGCCUUUGGCUGGACGGGGAUCUUUACCAUGGCAGGAAUCACUCCUGCAAGACCUUCGGGAAUCCCAUGCUUUCCAUGAAGGAGGAUUUCUUCGUGCAGGAUAUCGAGAUCUGGUCGUUCGAGUAGCAGCUCAUAAGGAGAAGGUACCUUUUUGGUUGUUAGUUGGAAAGAGGAACUGGACGUCGGGCAGAUCCCAAACCUUACCGCGGCUCCCAGGAAGCCCCGAAACGGACGCUACUGUUACCGCGCUUGUCGUAUGUUACUCCUGCAUUUAAUACAGAGCUCUUCUUCGUGCUGUUUAGUAUGUGUGUGUUUUGUUCAAGCCGUGUGCAGCGUCAAUAACGGAACGGGAGGAUGUGACGAGAGACCCCGGCGUGAGCACUUUUUUAAACAAUCAGCACGGGUUUGGGCUGCCCGUGAACUGCCAAUGUCCAGUUUUCACCUGCGCCGAAGCGCCAGGAGUCUGUUGAAGAGCUGGCGUUAGCCGAUAGGACAUCACUACUGCAAUGGGGGAGGGGGGGCGAAAAAAUACAACGGAUAAAAGAAAAGCAAACGGCUGGAAACACAUUCCCUUUGCUCUCAGAGGAAGAAUAUGCAUUUUUAGGGGGUCGGUCUUCUACGAGAAGAUAUCGGUGGUUUCUUUCGAGGCAGAAUAUUCAAGUGUCGUGAAAUUCGUAGUCUUUCUGUCGUCCACUAUCAUAGCACACACACACACCAUGUCGAAGCACAUAAUCGGAAACCCCAUAGUCGUAAUGUUCUGUUCAGUGGGUUUUACGUGUGCGUGUGGCUAACAUUGACCCCCCUCCGCUUGGGACGGGGCCACUUUUACUGUUCGUAGGCAGAAAUGUGUCGCAAUAGAUUUGUGGAAUAUGCAAAUUCCUGUCCUGUGACCUCAAAUAAUCCAAACGGGGCACUUUAUUUUUUUUUUGUUUGUUUGUUUUCCCCGUAUCUCUUUCCGAGAGACUUUUAAGUCUUGACGGAUGAACUGCUUUUCUGGGUAUCAGAGACGUGGUUUAAUUGUUUGUUUUCAUGAAUAUAAUGACAAUUCUAUAUUUAUGUAUAUGAUUAUAUAUAUAAAUUCAUAUAUAUAAUACACAAAUAUAUAUAUAAUGAUAUAUAUAUUGCUGUUAAGUGUGACAGUGAUCUUUUUUUGUGCUGAUAUCUCAGCUGUUACUAAAAUAAUGUAUAUUACCCUGUAAAUUAAUGUUAAAAUAGUAGAUUUGUUCCUAUAUAUAUAUAAAUAUAUAAACCAAUAUACAGUGUGUGGAUUGGUGGGUUGCUUCUCGCACUUUAUUAAUCUAGUUUCAAGCCAGGUUCUCAUUAGCAGUAGCAGUACAGUAUAUAUUUUUGUUUAUAUCUGUCUUUUAGAUAAUAGAGUAAAUGACUCGUUUAUAAAGAGCUUGCUGCUACUGUGGAGAGGAAAAGAUCUCAGCGGUCGAGCACAGGGUCGAAUGUGACGGACUCCAGCAGGACAGUCUCUUCUCACGUGUCCUGUCCCAGCAUUUUUAUUUUUAUUAUUGUUGUUUUUAGUUUUUCGGUCUGGUCUUUCCAUUUUUUUCGGUGGCUAGAUUGACUGUGCACACAGCGAGAGGAGCGCGCGCAUCCUUUCAGAGUCGUAGAUGAGAAGUGCAAACAAAUCCUUCAUCUACUUCACCGGAAUAUAAUGUUACAGUGAUGUACAAAAAUCAAUGAAUACUAAUAAAUUGUUGUAACCUGGGACAGAA